AUGGAGAUUCAACGACCAAUCAUCAAACUCAUGGUUCUCCACUCAAACCACGACAAAAGCGACAACCUUUCCCGACGAGAGUCUCUCCCCGGUAAAUCCAAAUGGAGAAUCUCUCUCUCCCGUUCCCCGUCCUCGUCUUCUUCAAAAUCCAACAACAGUUCACCGUCCAAAACAGAGAUUCCGACAGAAUUCCUCUGUCCGAUCUCCGGCUCCUUAAUGGCCGACCCAGUCAUCGUCUCCUCCGGUCACUCCUACGAGCGAGCUUGCGUCACCGCCUCCAAAACCCUAGGGUUCACUCCAAACCCUUCACUCCCAAACUCCCCGCCGGAUUUCACCACCGUCAUACCUAACCUCGCCUUAAAAUCCGCAAUUCUAAGCUGGUGCGACCGCCGGAGCUUCCCGCCGCCGAAGCCCCUCGACACCGCCGCCGCGGAGAAGCUCGUCUUCUCCUUAAUGGAGAAAACUAACAGACGUAGCCGGAAAGUUUCCAUUUCUGAGAAGGAGCUAAUCCAAGCGAUAAAGGACAAACCUUCGGUGAGACUCGACCACGCCGCGACGGAGCUUGACCGGAGACCUAACUACUUCAACUCCAGCUCCGACGAGUCGGUAGCCUCCUCGAGCCGUACGCUACAGCUCGCGACUCGACCUAGCUGCUUCUCCUCGCCUUCAUCCGCAGAGAUCGAGUCUCUGGAGCCAAACCCUAGCCCGGAGGAAGAAGCUUUACUCGUGAAGCUAAAGAGCAACCGAAUCUCUGAGAUCGAAGAGGCUUUGGUUUCGAUCAGACGCGUCACGAGGCUCGACGAAGGUUCUAGAAUCAGUCUAUGUACAGCGAGGCUAAUCUCUGCGCUCAAGUCGCUUAUCGUUUCGAGAUACGCGACUGUUCAGGUUAACGCCACUGCGGUUUUAGUGAAUCUCUCUUUGGUGAAAUCUAAUAAAGUGAAGAUCGUACGGUCAGGAAUCGUUCCUCCGUUGAUCGACGUUCUCAAAUGCGGUUCGUCGGAGGCGCAGGAGCACUCCGCCGGAGCGAUUUUCAGUUUGGCUCUGGAAGAUGAGAACAAGACGGCGAUCGGAGUUCUCGGGGCGUUGGAGCCGUUACUUCAUCUGAUCCGAGUCGGGACUGAGUUGACUCGGCAUGACUCGGCGCUUGCUCUGUAUCAUCUGUGUAACAACCCAGACCCGGCCCAUUGACAUUUGUAUUUUUUUUAAAAGAAAGCCCAACUGCAAAAGGCCCAAUAGCUAGAAACCCUAGGGUUUUCCCUCAUGUUCCUAUAAAAGGAGGUGCCUCCUUCUCUUUUUUCUCAUUAGAGAGAAACGAAGCGAAGCCCUGCAGAGAUCCCGGGAGACCGAAAGCCCUAGCCGU